UGGAUAUAGGCGAGGAAAUUCAAUGUUUGCAAAGAAUUAUUAAUUAAAAGUUAUCUUAAAUGUUUAGAUUCCUUGUCUGUGAGUAGGAAAAGUUGUUUGUGAUUGGUUUUGCUACAUAUAUUGUUAAUGUCGGACAGCAAAACUAUAAAACUGUUGUCUUCGGAAAAAAAGUUCAUACAUAAUUAAGAAGAGGAUUCCUUGAUUUUUUCGAAAAAAAGACACCUUGUUUCUGGAACGAUGUCUGCGGACACUGAUGAGCAGUGUGGGGCGGGUUGUUUCAGACCCUCCUUCCUACAGCGCUGCGCGAGGGUCGGGGUUUUUGUGGCUCUCUAUAGCCCAGCCUCUCUCUUUACCUCUGCCAUUUCCGUGUAUAUGUCCUCCCAAAUCACCACCCUAGAGAAACAGUUUGGCUUCAGCAGCGCACAAAGCGGAUUCCUAAUGAGCUGUAACGACAUCGGUUUUCUACUAACAACGAUUUUUAUUGCCCAUCUUGCAAGAAAUGUCCAUAUUCCAAGAUCCCUUUUCUAUUCCACAUUUUUGUUCGGACUUUCCGGGAUCUUCUGCUCUCUGGCAUAUUUUCUUGCACCUGACAAUCAUAAUGAAGAAAAUAUGGUUUCAAAUUCGUCAUCUGCAAAAACAGAUUUGUUUAAAAAUUUCCACCAUCAGCUGUGCUCGCAAGUAAACGACACUCCUUCUGAGAGUUGUGGUCCCAAAAUGGUCAAGACCGGUGCACCAACAGAGUUUACUACUAUUGCUAUCGUCAUCAUUGCUGUAGGGAUGAUGGUACAGGGGUUUGGGAAAGCCCCCAGACAACCCUACAUCGUCACUUACAUAGACGAUAAUGCACCCAAACGGAAGACCGCAUGCUAUAUAGGUAUAAUCAUGGCGGUGGGAAUUUUUGGCCCCGGUAUGGGCUUUGGUCUGGGCGCUCUUUUUAGUCGCAUGUAUGUGACACUGGAAGAGGUUCAGAUCAGUGUACGGGAUCCUCGGUGGAUUGGGGCGUGGUGGCUGGGGUUCAUAGUGUUUGGGGCGCUAGCUGUUAUCGUGUCCAUUCCUUUAAUGUGUUUCCCGAAAAGGAUGCCAGGAAGAAAAAAGAAGGCGGUACCCAAGAAAGCAAAGGCUGAGGCAUCCACAAAAAGUGGAGUAAAGGAGGGGACCAAGGAUCUGAUACGGAAGAUAAUCCGGAUCCUAUCAAACGCCCGGUUUAUGCUGUAUCUGAUUGCUAAGUGCCUGGUUCUAUUUCUUGUCGCGAGUUCCGUUGCCUUCACGCCAAAAUACUUGGAGACUCAGUUUUUUGUUCCAGCGUAUAAAGCCAAUGCUUUAUUAGGUGUGAUGGUAAUUGUGUCCACGAGUUUGGGGACAUUAGUUGGGGGUAUUUGGACCACGUUUAAGAAGCUCCACCCAUAUACAUGCAUCAAGCUGGUGGGAGCCAUUAAUCUGUUCUCCAUCGUCAUCAUCGGACUGGGAUUUAUUCUUGGAUGUCAAAACCCUCCCAUCACUGGGCUGGACACUGCAGUAACUAAUUCCAGUUGUUUGAAUGUCUGUAACUGUGACAGUACGGAAUACCUUCCCGUCUGCGGUUCGGAUAAUAUUAAUUACCUGACGCCCUGUCACGCUGGAUGCGUAAAGAGUAUUCAAGGACCAGAGGGCUUUACCUACACGAACUGCACCUGCAUCGAGGGAGGGGGUACAGCGACCCCCGGGCUGUGUAAGACGGACUGUGAAAUGUUUUGGCCUUAUCUGAUUGUCAACACGCUCUCCUCAUUAAUAAUCUCUAUCAGCAUUAUUCCUGGUUAUAUGUUCAGUGUCAGGUGCGUGUCUGAUGAGGAUAAAUCGGUCGCCGUGGGUGUGUCCUCUUUUUUUCAGACAGCUUUUGGAUGGAUGAUAGGACCAGUGAUAACUGGUAAAAUCAUCGACACCUGCUGCAAACUCUGGAGCUCAAGUUGUUAUGGAAAGGGCGCAUGCGCAUUAUACGACAUAGAAGAUUUUCGCUUUAAAAGGUACACUGUAGAAAUCAUCACUAAGUGUGUGGUGGUUGUGCUUUAUGGAAUUAUUAUAUGGAUUUCUAGAAACCGAACAGACUGGAGUACGGAAGAUGAAGAGAAAAAUGACCUUCCAGAGAAAGAGGAAUUGAUGGUCAGGUCAGACAAAACGAAAGCGGAAUUCGAAAUAAGUGAUCCCAUCGUGAAAAGCAAAAAAUCAUAAUUUGGCUUGUAUAGGAAGUCUCGUGUUUUACAUAUUUCAUUUUUAUUAUUGAAAAUACAUCCACAUGUAAACAUUGUAGGAGAAUGACCUUAUAAGUGAGCUAGAGAUGAGAUUACUAGACUUGUAGGGAAAAAUAGUUUGGAGUAUAUUUAAGAUAUAAAUACUUUUGCAUUUACAUAAUAAUAAAACUAAAAAAAAAAAGAAUUAAAUGUAUGAAUAUGUAACUCCUAGAAACUUGGUGUAUAUGGAGAAAACAUUUUAUUCUUCGAGAUUCGGUAAUAAUAGAGUACGCAAUCGAUAUCCAGUAUAAUUAAUGACAUGUUUAAGGAAUUGAAUGCAUAUUAUUUUGUCAUGCAAUGUUACAGAAUCUUUGUUUAUUUACAUAAUAAUGCACAUGCUGUAUUUCUGUACUUUUAAAUACAUACCACGAUCAAAUUGUCUUACCUUCCAGAUGAUUAACAUUGCUUUUUUUUUUUUUUUUUUUAACAAUAUUUCUUUUAAUGGAAAUCAGUUAGGAAAUUUUAAUUGUGAAAAAUGUAAAAACAGACUCUUGAA